AUGUCUGAUACCGAAGCCCCAGUUGAAGUUGCCGAAGAAUUCGAAGUUGUUGAAGAAUUCACUCCAGUUGAAUUAGCUACCGCUAUUCCAGAAGAUGUUCAAAGAGCUCAAUCUGAAAUUAAGUUGUUCAACAAAUGGUCUUUUGAUGACAUUGAAGUUAAGGAUGCUUCUUUAGUCGACUACAUCCAAGUCAGAAACCCAGUCUAUGUUGGUCACACUGCUGGUAGAUACGCCAACAAGAGAUUCAGAAAGGCUCAAUGUCCAAUCAUCGAAAGAUUGACUAACUCUUUGAUGAUGAACGGUAGAAACAAUGGUAAGAAAUUAAAGGCUGUCAGAAUCGUCAAGCACACUUUAGAAAUCAUCAACGUUUUAUCCGAACAAAACCCAUUACAAGUUGUUGUCGAUGCUAUUGCCAACUCCGGUCCAAGAGAAGAUACUACUAGAGUCGGUGGUGGUGGUGCCGCUAGAAGACAAGCUGUCGAUGUCUCUCCAUUAAGAAGAGUCAACCAAGCUAUUUCUCUAUUAACCAUCGGUGCCAGAGAAGCUUCUUUCAGAAACAUCAAGACCAUUGCUGAAACUUUAUCUGAAGAAUUAAUCAACGCUGCUAAGGGUUCCUCUACUUCUUAUGCUAUCAAGAAGAAGGAUGAAUUAGAACGUGUUGCUAAGUCUAACCGUUAA